CAUAUCACAUCAACUGUACCACAUUUAGCAGCAAUAAAUGGAGAAAUCUGAAAUACGAAUGCAGCGCAUUUCAAAUGAAUAUCAAUCGCAAUCGAGCUAUAUGUAUCUGAGGAACAAAAUGCUGUUAAAAAUCGAAAAUACCCUACUCCGAAGCCAUCGUCAGCGUGAGACCACCGGAAUUAAGAAACUGUACAAUUCGUUUUUCGUAUUGUUUUAACUUGGCUCGGUCCCCCACCCCUCCCAAGGCCCCAAGAACACACGCACAACGCAACUAUUCAAAUUCCACACAAAAUUGUGAAAAAAACCAUAGAAAAAGUUACAAACAAAAAAAAAAUACAAAACAAAACAAAAAAAGGAGCAGAUACGUAUAGAAAUAAAUAGUGAAUAAUAAAUAUAAACUAUAUGGAUAUUAUUUGGUUGUUAGUCGAACUCACGCGGAGUGCAAAUUUGUUAAACGGAAUCCAAAAUCCGAUAUUCGAUAUCCAAAAUCCAGAGUGCUGUGCGCAUAACGGUGUAGUGUCAUUAAAGACCAUUUUGAACAGAUCCAAAAUGUUAACCUAAGCAAAAUCCAAUCCCAAUUAAGCCAUCUCAAUAAAA